AUGGCCGACAUUCAAAAUAUUCUCGCUGCGCUGGCAGCUCAGCGCCAGGGCAGUACCCCCUCACAAGCACCUCCAGGUGCACCUCCUCCGAUCCCAGGAACCGGUUAUCCUCCCCCACCGCAGUAUGCGACGCCUCCCGGUGCGCCAGCUCCUUAUGGCCUGCCUCAGCCCAUCAGCUCGGGAAGCGUAGAUUUGGCUGGCAUCAACCCUGUCAACUCUGGCUCAGUCAGUCUCAACGAAGCUCUGUCCAAGGCUCGCGACGCUUAUGACCCCCACCGCCCGGGCUCCCGUAACAACGAUCCUCGUGCCGCUAGCCGCAGCUAUCGUCGCUCUCGCUCCCCAUCUCGAUCUCCUCCUCGUAUGCGUGAUGAUUAUCGUGAUAGCUUCAACCCCUACCGUGACGAUCGAAGAGGAGGAAAUGAGAGAGGAUUUCGUGAACGAUCAUACUCACCUGGCCGUGGCGGUCGCUAUUCGCCUCCUUCAUACCGAGACAAUCGAUCGCCUGCGCAGGUGUCUGGUGGCGAUGGUGAUUCUGAGAUCCUUCCCAUUGACAAAGGCCUUGUUGGAUUAAUCAUUGGUCGUGCUGGAGAGAAUCUACGCCGAGUUGAAACGACGACCGGGGCGAGAGUGCAAUUCAUGGAUGGCCCCGAAACUGCAGGUAGUCAACGUCACUGCAAGAUUUCUGGACCCCGCUCUGCUCGCGCAGCUGCCAAAGCUGAGAUCUACCGCGCCAUUGAAGACAAUGACAGCGCCAAACGUGGUGGUGGCGGCAGCAGCGGUGGCGGCGCUCUGGAUCGGUCUCGAGGUUCAUCCAAACAGCCAGUAGUCAGUGGCGGAAGCGGUGGCCAUGGUAGCAAAGACGGCGACAAGGAUGGCAACAGUCUCCAAAUCUUGGUGCCAGAUCGCACUGUUGGACUCAUAAUUGGUCGUGGUGGAGAGACGAUUCGUGAUCUACAGGACCGCAGUGGCUGCCACGUGAACAUUGUUGCAGAGAACCAGAGUAUUAAUGGCAUGCGACCAGUCAACUUGAUCGGAAGCAUGUCUUCCCAACAGCACGCGCGCGACUUGAUUAUGGAAAUUGUGGAAAGCGACCAGAAGGGCAUCAGUGUCAAGGAAUUGCGCAGUCGCGGGCGUGACGACUCGCAUGAGAAGAUCAACGACAGCAUCUACAUCCCAGGCGACUGCGUUGGUAUGGUGAUUGGUAAGGGCGGCGAAACCAUCCGGGAGAUGCAGAAUUCGAGUGGCUGCAAGAUCAACGUCUCUCCAGCAACUGGGCGUGAUGUUCAACGUGAAAUCGGGUUGAUCGGGACACGACAUGCUAUCGAAGCCGCCAAAAGUGCGAUCAUGGCCAAGGUAGAUGCAGUGGUGAGUGCUCACGACAUGUAUCCUAUUAUGACCAAGACUAAUUCGUUGCAGGAGGCUCGAGGUCGCAACCAGGGACGUGAAUCUCGUGAUGACUACGCCAAUCCCAAUCCGUACCCGUCAGCGCAGCAGCCCAGCUAUCCUGCAUCUGCUGCACCUCCUGCGGAACAUGGUGGCGCACCUCCUGGCGGUGCAGAUCCAUAUGCUGCAUAUGGUGGCUACCAAAACUAUGCUGCCAUGUGGUACGCUGCGUUGGCUGCUCAACAGCAGGGAGGCCAGCCACCCCAAGGUGAGCAGCGCUGA